AUGGCGACGCCCAAUUCUUUUUCCAAUUUCAAGACCAAUGUUGGCCGCUCCGUCACCAAGAAAUGGAGAGAGGCCAACCAGAUCAGUUACGAUGGUGACGAUUGGGGCGAUGAGGAUGAAUACGAAGAGCAACCACCUGUUCCUGCAGAUGUCGGAGGUCAUUCACAAUGGGCUGCUCCACAUCCGGGUUUCCAUCGUUCCAACCGAAGUGUGACCAACCCGUCCCCUUCUCGCAUAGGUGGAAGGGCUUCUUUCGACCACGGAGACGAUCGCAGAGCGUUUUCGGCAGGUUUCGAUUCCGCAUAUCCUACCACUCAACGAUCGCCGUUUCCCGAACCUCAGCAUGACGAUGAGCUAUCCUCCCCUGGUCAUAGAGGCCAGCCGCCUCUGCGCCUCAAUACACAGCCGCAAGGGCCGAUGUCUCCGGGAAACUUUCGACCUGGCUCAAGAGGGAGACAAUAUCCCCAGUAUGAUGCUCCAUUUUCCGCCCCUGGGGGCUUCCCUCAACAGAGAAGAUCCGGCUCAAGCAAUCGUCCACCCCCCGGAGACAUCUACCAGCGGCAUGAUAGUCCUAUGCGGCCAGACAGUCGUGGGUCUAGCGCGUCGGUGAGACAGUUUCCCCCUCGCAAAGCAAGUUUGAGUCAGCAGCUGCCGCCACAGAUGGCCUUCACUCAGGACGUGGAGCCCGCAAAUCCAGCUCAAUUCCCGGAAUCAAGCAACAAUGAUGAUAAGCCUGUACCGGUGUUUGUUCGCCCUUCGGACAUCUACAAACGGAUGCCAGAAGAAAUGGAGAAAGUGCGCAAGUCGCAAGAGUCUUCCCGCCCGAGCCUCGAUUCCAUCAUUGGUCGCUCCAGAGCCGGCUCGGCUGGCGCACGCUCGACCUCUUCUGACCACCGAGACGUAACGACCGCCGCGUCUCAACCAUUCGAAGACUCCGAUUCAGCACGACGGCUGAAACCCACUCUUGAUCCUGUUCCAGAGCGCAAGAGCGAGUACGGUUUCGACAAUAUUGUCCAAGCCUCGCAAGCCCUCGAAUCUGAAUCUCGGAUGAACCGAGAACCCGGUGAUGGCGCUGGGGACGGUGGGGCAAGUGUUUCUAGACACGGAACUACUGCUUCUUCCGUUUACACCGAUCGCCCAGAUCCAGUUUCGGCAUCAUCCGUCUCGCGGAAUGUCUCACUCAGCGAAAACAUACCGGAAGCGGAUCAUGAUAGGACAUCACCCGUCCGACCGACUUUUGCGCUCCCUGCAAUUGGCAGGGUAUCCGGAUUCGGCAUGGAUUUUGGCGCAUCUACGCCAGAGUUCCAGAGCGGAGUGCAGUCGUCGACCGAGCCAGAAUUGCCCACCAGUCAGGAGGCGGAUCUCGAGCCCAAUAAUCAUGGCUUGCAACAUCAGCAAUCCUUUGGUUAUAGGUCAAUGGUUCAACAAGCAUUUGAUGAGAGCCAAAAUCAGGACUCCUAUUCUCCUGUUUCACCCUCCGCCACUGUCGACAGAUCAAACAGCGCUUCAACAGCAGACAUCAGUCCCAUCAUUACGCGCAAACAGGAACACAGUUCGACAGUGUCCGACUAUGAGCCCACGCACCCAACGAUCCCUGAAGAGUCACUGCCAACAAAUUCCCGCCCUAACUCAACCGCGACACUUAGACCUAGGGAGGCACAAUAUGACCAAGAUGAAUUAUCUCAGCCCCCCACAAUUCGUAGUGGGUACCGCCGUGAAGCGACGCCCCCAAGUCCGGACAACAGCCCUGCAAAGAGGCCUCUGAGUAUAGAACUGCCUGCUGCUCCCCAGCCACAGCGUGGUGAUGUGGGGUUUGAGCAAGAACAAGAACGGACCGAACAGAGUCCAGCUCGAGAGAGGGCUCUUUUGGAGGCUGCUGCGGAAAAACCGUUACCCCCAACUCCUGGUGCAGACUCCCGAGAGCCCAAUCAAAACCUGGAAAGCAGUCCGCCUUCUGCACCAACCAGUCCGGAGAUACAACAGGAGUGGCAAGCGCAGAGGGAACAGUUUAGUGAUCAACAGGAUGCUCCAAACAAUAGCCAGGUACCGCCGGAUCUCCCGUCACCCAUCAAACGCUCCGAAACGCCAGCAAGGGGCACCGUUCGAGAUCUGGCUGGCAAAUUGGAGACGCUGUCAGGAAGAUCUACUCCCAGUAAUUUUCAAGGAAGUUCACCAGACCAAGGUCGUCCUCCCGCCCAGCCGCGACUGGAAAGUUUUCGGCCAGCUAUUCCUGGAGGCUGGCAGUCAUUCACUUCUGUCGCUGAAAGCUCGGCUCAAGGCUCGACAAGCACUCCUCUUCAAUCCUCAUCCGACUUGUCUCAAAUCCAGCAUAGGCCACCGUUUGCGCCCACGCAUGUGGAGAGUACGGAGAGUAUACCAACUGCAAAGGCGCCAGAGAAUCAUGGAGGUGCUGAACCAGAUAGCGUUACCCACAAAGCGUUUGCUGCGGCUGCUUCAGCUGGCAGCGCUCUGGCUGAGUCACUUACUGGCCACCGCCCCAUUCCGGAGCCCGACGCAUCCGGUGAAGCAUCUGAAGAUUCAAGUGAAAAUGAAUGGGAUGCCUCGAGCAAUUCGAGCAGAGAAGACGUGGACAGGGUGAGUGUGAGGGACCAAACACAAGAGCAGACUCAGGGGCCACCGAGUGCAGAGACAACUGAACCUGCUGGCCGAUCGAGUCCGACCUAUCCGUCCGAGGCCAAGAAUACCCCUCUCGAUGUAUCACCCGUGCCAUCGGAUGAUGGAGGCCAACAAGAUACCGAUGCAGCUGGCUCUCACGCUGAUUCUUACUUUCCCGCUCCCCUACGGACGGCAAGGUUAAGUGCUACGGUGUCGAGGCCGCCGAUUCCCGAGGUGACCGUCCAGCAAGGGUCACCAUCAGAGAACGACAAUGAGAGACUGGAGCUUGAAAUUGAAAAGAGCUUGACACCGCGGUUAUCUGACCUGACAGGUGCAAACGACUCACAGCCUGCACAAAUGGAGGUGACCAACGCGGAUGAGGCCCCGAGCUUUGCUGAUCCAAGAAGCUCUGCCUCACCAUUAUCGUCAGAAACGCGCGAUGUGCCUCGACAAGAAAGUUCCUUCAACUCCGAAUUGGCGGCAAUAAUUGGCGGAGCACCUAGCAUUGGAGCUCAAGCAACGGAAUCCACCAUGGUUUCUUCCGAAAAUCGUGCCUUGCCCCAGCAAGGGCCCAGCAAGACGCCUCGCGACGAGGGCGCCCUGGCUGCAUCUGCUCCUGCAACGCGUUCAUUUGAUGAACCUCCGGUGGGCAAGGAUGGCAGGCCAUUCCUACAGCAGAGGUUUUCCUGGGAGACCCAAAUCGAACCCGAGCCUCCUAUAUCGACGCCGAAACGAACCACACCGCCUCCCACCAGCCCACCUAACGCAAGCCCACCUCACACCAUUAGGGCCACAAGUCAGCCGGACUCCAGACCCGUUGAUACUAAUGAUCCAGACAUUAAUGUACGUCAAAGCGUGGAUUUUGCACGUCAAAGUGUGGAUUUCGAUUCCGAUAUCCAAGACCAGCUAGUAUUAUCUACGGAGCGGUUCUCAUCAGGGACAAAGCACGAUAUUCAAGAACCUCAGCCGCCGCCGAAGCCGUUGCAGCCUGAACCGUUGUCUUUCCGUGCCACGAUGAGUCUCGCCACUCCCCAAGAACGAAUACAAGCCUUUGAUGAAACUCGCCGCGUUCUUGCGCUCCCGGAUGGACAGUUGGAAGAAUGGUUGCUUUCGCUGAAGAGUGCCGAGCAUUCGGAGCUGUUUGCCAUGAAUGGGCGGCUUCCUCCGGAGAUUGCAGAAUCCGUUGCCUCACACAAGCCCUCCCCGCGGCGCAUAUUCACAGAAUCAACUGGAACCAGACAUAUGCAAGAAGAUGGGAAGAAGCUGAUGUUAGCGGCGGGCAGGUUUGGUGGGAAGGCGGGAAUUGCGGCCAAGGGCCUCUUUGCCAAAGGAAAGGAGAAGAUGCGACAAGCAAGUUCGGGCGAAAAGGUAGUGCAUUGA